AAUGGAGAGGCUCCGUCUCUUGAUUUGUAAAGCGCUUUUAGUAAAGUUGCUUGCGAACUGGGUUCCUAGUUAUUCGUUAAAAGUAGGCGGCGGUGUAGACGUGAAGGAGGUCUUCGACUUAUUCGACUUUUGGGACGGUCGCGAUGGAAUGGUAGAUGGCGCAAAGGUCGGUGAUCUUCUACGUUGUACUGGUCUAAAUCCAGCUCAGGCCCUCGUCAAUUCGCACGGAGGAUGCGCAAAGUUUGGAGAGAAGCAAUACAAAUUCGAAGAGAUCCUCCCCAUCUACCAGGCUGUCACUAAGGAGCCGGAUACGGGAACUUUCGCCGACUUUAUGGAAGCGUUCAAGACUUUCGAUAGGGAAGGUCAAGGCUUUAUUUCGGCCGCUGAGAUGAGGCACGUUCUUACUUUUUUGGGGGAACGAUUGACUGAUAGCGAAGUGGACGCCAUAUUAAAGUAUACCGAUACUGAAGAGGAUUUAGAAGGAAAUUUUAAAUAUGAAGAAUUCAUCAAGAAAGUUAUGAAAGGCCCUGGAAAGUAG